CAUCAUACAUCUUCAACUGUGUCAAAUGUCGCAAAUACAGAAGGAGGACAGAGACUCAAAGUAUGGGAGAUUUGCCAGCUGAUCGAACUGAGCCUACACCACCUUUCACUUAUGUCGGAAUGGAUUGUUUUGGACCAAUAUAUGUCAAGGACGGCCGUAAGGAGCUCAAAAGAUAUGGACUGAUACUAACUUGCUUAUGUUCACGAGCCAUUCAUAUUGAGGUUGUAGAUGACCUGAGUACAGACGCAUUCCUGAAUGCGAUACGUGCGUUUAUCGCAAUAAGAGGGAAUGUGCGCCAGCUAAGAUGUGACAGAGGCACCAAUUUCGUUGGUGCUCAGAGAGAGCUUGCUGAUCUCAUGAAAGACAUGAAUCAGGAGAAAGUGAAGGCACUUGGAUGUGAGUUUCUUAUGAAUCCCCCUUCAGCAAGCCAUAUGGGUGGAGUAUGGGAGAGACAGAUAAGAACCAUCCGUAGUGUUCUUUCAGCCAUCCUUGACCAGUCAGCCAAGAGACUUGACAGUACAUCUUUGAGAACCCUUUUGUAUGAGGUUAUGGCGAUUAUCAACAGUAGACCACUCACCAUCGAGCAUUUGAGUGAUCCAACAGGCCCUGAACCAUUAACACCUAACCAUAUUCUCACGAUGAAGUCGACCAUUAUCCAACCUCCACCAGGAGAUUUCAUGAAAGAAGAUUUGUAUCUUCAAAAAAGAUGGAGAAGAGUGCAAUAUUUAGCCAACGAGUUUUGGAUCCGUUGGAGGAAAGAAUAUUUGCUCAACUUGCAACCAAGACAAAAGUGGAAUGCACACAGAAGGGAUCUUAAGAUUAAUGAUAUAGUGCUUCUGCAAGAAGACGCGGCACCACGCAAUGAAUGGAAGCUGGCCAAAGUCACAGAUGUCUAUCCUGGAACCGAUGACAAAGUGAGAAAGGUUAGACUUUUGGUUAGUGAAAAGACGUAUGACAAACACGGUAAACAUGUGACUAAAACACUUUCAUUAGAACGCCCUGUACAUAAGGUUAUUGUUUUGCUAGAAGCAGACUAAGGAUUUUGUGUUUGUUCAUGCUGAGUAUUCUGAAUGUAAAAAAUCCCACAUGAGGAAUUGUGAGAUUGGUGGGAGUGUUGCUGCCACUUUUUCAUUUAUGCCUGUUUUGUGUGUAUUUCAUUGCUGUUGUUAAUAUGCGCCACCAGGGGGUGCAUGGAGGGGCUUUGUAUGCAGAUUAGAGAUUAGUUUUCUAAGAAGAAGCGAUUUCCAGAGAGAGCUGAUGCAUGUGUCGGUCACAGGUCGGUCACAAAGUUUAAGUAAAGCAAGAAAGAAGAAAACCAAGAAUAAUUCCACUCUAUUCUGGUACUCAGCCAACGAGUUUUCACGGUGUGGUUUAUGAGUCUGAACAAGCAAGAUUCAAUAAAUCCAUCUGUAGAGAAAGCCACUUGUGCCUGUCGUACCUGGGGGAAUUACAG